UAAAUAUAUCGGUGAAAUUUGACUAAUUUUAUCGCAUUUCUCUAUUGGCUUGCAAUGGGAUUUAAAAACCUGAAAUUAUUAAAAAAAAGAGGUCGUCCUGAAGUCUCGUUACCCGAUAAAAAGGAGCGGCGGAGGCACUAGUGUUGACUGCGCAAUCGGGCCAAAAAAUAAGCAGCCUUAAAUUGGGUAUAUACUUUUAUGGUUAUAUAAAUAUACAAUACAAAGAGCAACAUGGCUAUGCGCCGGCCGCGUAUAAAAGCCGCUGCGCUUUUGACAACAAAGAGGAAAUCGCGAGAUGUGAAAUCAGAGCAAGCAACAAAGCCUGUAAACGGUGUUAGUUUAGAGGAUAAAAAUGAAGAGCUUGCUAAAGAUUCCAAACAAAUGGUACAUAUAUGUGAACCGAAGAAUCCCACUGUUGCGAAUAAAGAAAACAGUGACCUGUCCCCCAGUAUAUCUGCUCUCAAAAAUAAACCUAAUCAGGUUAUCACUGAUAAUGCUGCUAAAGAAACCAUAGAAGAUAUCAACAAAAGUUUGGAGAAAAGUAAUAAAAAUAUUUCAAAUAAGAUCAUAUCAAACCAAUCAUCAUAUGACACCUCGUUUAAAUGUCCCGCCCGUAUUGAAUAUACGCGUAGUAAUAGCCAAAUAACUCCAAAUGUCCCCGCAGACGAUGUCUUUUAUAAUGAUAUGGAGGAGAGUAUAUUGCAAUUAGACAUGCAAAAAUCUGUUCCAGAAAAGUCUGCAUCACCCCUAAAGCAACAAGGGCGUCAACGAAUUCGCCCCGUGCCUUUGUUUCAGAGACGAAAUAGUUAUGCCAACACAGCAAAUCCUGUGCAAGUAUCAUCGGAAGACACUCCAACAACUCUAGAUAUUAAAUCGAAAGAUCCAGGACCAACUAUAGAGGGUGAUACAGCUGAAAUAGUAACCGUGCAAAAAAUAAAUCCCCUUACACAUCGAAGGGAGCGUCACUACUCGGCAUCUAUGAUUCAAUCCUCGCUAACCACAAGUUCCAGUACUGGACAACAUCACUUUACACCGCAUAAAUUCACGCCUGCAAUGGGAUUGAGCCGAAUACGUACGGAGUCAAAUUGUUCCGCAUUUUCAGAUUCAUUUGUUACGCAAUCAAAGCUUCGUAAAAAUGAUGAGCACACCAAUCGCCCCUAUUCUCGACGAGAUUUUUCUUGGCGCAUGGUUAAUGGCCACCUCGACAAAUCUUCUUUAAAAAUGUUUGAUUUAAUCUAUUACAACCCAGUAACCAACCCAAUGGAGAAGCGCACAGCAGUGUCCACCAUUAAAAAGGAGUCCACAAUAGAUGAAAACGAUGUAAAGCAUACAGCAGUAGAUUCCAAGGUAGAAUUAACUGAGGGUUCAAAAAAUGCAAUGCCAGUCCCACAAUUGAAAUUAAAUGCGAAUGGGGACUUGAUACUCGAUGAGAAAACUUUGGAAAUUGAAACCACUGCGGAGCAAGAGGCGCGAAAAGUGCUGGCUAAUUCAUCGUUAAUAUUUCUUGAUGAAAACACUGGCAUGAAUGGCUUUUAUAAGCGUCAAAAACGUACAAAGGAAUGGCCACCUGAAGAGACAAUAAAGUUUUACCGGUGCUUACAAACUGUAGGAACAGACUUCUCAUUGAUGUGCCAACUCUUUCCGAAACGUACGCGGCGUGACUUAAAACUUAAAUUUAAGAAAGAAGAACGUAGCAAUUUGGCUUUGAUAAACAAGGCACUGCUUUAUCCAAAACUUUUUAAUAUCGAUGAUUUGAAAGCGCAAUUAGAGACUGAAGAACGCGAGAGAGAAGAAGCUUUACAGCGUUGGAAAGAAAUACAUGCAAAAGAGGCUAAGGCAAUAAAAAAGGUGAAAAUCAGCGGCAGUACAGCAGCACGUUCUCUCAAAAACGGCGAUGAUGUGUAUGAGAAUGAAAAUGUUGUUAAACGCAAAUUGAGUCGUCGUGGCGAAAAGAAAAAAACUGAAAGCGCUAAGAGGCCUAAAGUCGCACCACACCAACUAGAGAAUCCUGUUAACGAUGAUCCCAAAGCUAUACAUUUAAAAAAACAAAAAUUGCUACCCAAUCAAAAUGUAUUACACGAUAAAGCUGAAGUUGUUCCACCAGCAGAGCCUGUGAAGCCCACCACAAUUUUGGUACCAACUAUUUCAACGGAAAUCAGGCCUGUAAAACUUGAGACAGCACAACCAACAAACUAUGUAGUCAAAACUGAGCACUUCGCCAACUAUGAAAUCAACUUCCAAAAUUCCCGCAUUCCCAAAAUAGAUGCAGAGGAAUUUUUAGACGUAGAAAGCCGGUUAGACCAAAUCGAAGAAUUUAUCACUUACAUAACACCUAAUAGUUCUGGCGCACCAGAUAAUAGUAAUGAAAUGAUAAUACCAAAUAACGAAGACAUUACAAACUAUGAAGUGCCAACAACACUUGAAAGUAAAACAUUUGUUGAUUUGGAUGAUGGGACAGUUAAUACGUUGGAAGAAGGGGACGAUCUAACACUGAUGGAUGCCAUGCCUGCCACACCAAUGUCAGUUUCUCACCGUGAUUUAGACGAGUGUGAUAUACAACAAAUAUUAAUUGAUUUAGCUGACGGAUCUUUAGUACUAGUCUCUACACUGGAACCUGACAAUCCAGACCAAGUCGUAAACGAAAUUUAUAUGAUGGAUAAAACUACUGGCGAACUGUGCGACAAGCCCCUGGAUAUACCAGAAUCUAUAGUGCAGGGCGUUCUGUCUGUGAUGAACUAACAUUUUUCACAUUUGAUUCUUAGGAGACGCCCGUGUACAAAUAAGCUACUUGUAAAUUGCAUUGGCAGAUUCUAAUUUAUAUAAAUGUUUUUAUUGCGCAUUUUUAUUAAGGAAAAAAUCAAUACAACUGAUAUCAACAUCAUACUGUUACUCCCAAAAUUGAGCGUACGACUCUUUUUUGUUAAUAUUCGCAAUGUUUUACCUGCUAAAUUUAUUUUUUUUUUUUGUUAAUUUUGUUUUAAAAGUAUGACUUAUGUUUUAGCAAAUCGCA